AUGUCUCCUCCCGAAAACGACCAAGGCCCCAUACCAGUCAUCGACAUCUCCAGGCCAUCCGAGACAGUCGCUCAGCAGGUACUGGACGCAGCUUCUACCCAUGGCUUUCUCUACAUCAAGAAUGACGGUGUGACCAUUCCACCACAAGACAUCGAUGACAUGUUCAAGGUGUCCAAAGGGUUUUUCGCCGCCCCCAAGGAGCACAAAUCGGAAUUCGCAAUCCACUCGGAAAGGGCUGGUGGCAUAAAUCGGGGUUGGGUUCAGAUGCAAGGCGAAUCACUAGAUCCCCAAGGCCAAAAGCAAGGCGACCCAAAGGAAGCUUUCAACAUCGGACCUCCCAACCCAACCCUUCAACCCCUACCUUCACCACUCCGAGAAUCGUCUGAAUUGAUAUCACGUUUCCAAUCAUCAUGCCAUGCCCUCUGCACGAACAUACUCUCCCUCCUCAACACAGCCCUACAAAUCCCCGAUCCCCAUUACUUCAGCACCCGCCACGACCAAUCCCUUGGCCCGUCCGGCACCAUCUUCCGCAUGCUAUACUACCCGCCAACCUUAUCCCAGGGAAAAGAGUCCAAGCAAGGCGAAACUAGUAUUCGUGCAGGUGCACAUUCAGACUAUGGAAGUCUCACUCUUCUCUUCCGACUCCCGGGCCAACCCGGUCUUGAACUGUCUACGCCUUCAGGUUGGAGAGCCGUGCCUGUGGAUCCAUCCCCAUCGACUAACCAAUAUCCUCCUAUCUUGGUAAACAUAGGUGACUUGCUGUGUUACUGGACAAAUGGGAUGUUGAAAUCUACUGUCCAUCGUGUUACAUUCGAGGGUGGACAAGAGAGGUACAGUAUGGCGUAUUUCUGUCAUCCGCUGGACGAGGCGAGGUUGGAUGCUGUGCCUAGUCCAGCAAUUGAGCGAUUUGGCAACAGCGGGGAGGAAGAACUGAGGAGUCAGAGAAAGAGGCUGGGACUAAGAGAGGAUGGGUUGGGUGAAGAGAUCAUAACAGCCAAGGGACACUUGGAAAGAAGGUUGAAGGUGACGUAUGGGAUAUGA